UCAACCAUUUCUUUUGGAAGGAAAACAAGAAGAGAGUUCUAAAGAGAAAGAAGCUCUUGCUCUUCUCAUGAACUCAGAAAUCGUGUUGGGUUUCUAUUGUUGGGGUUGGGAGUUCUUAACUGCACUUCUUCUCUUCUCCUCUCAUCCUUAAUACCCUUCCUUUUCUCCUCCCUUUCCUUCCAUAACUAAUUCCCUUCAGCAUAUAUACGUGCCUCACUCAUCAAGACUUCUUCAGCUUCUUAAAUUUUGCCAAUGGAGUCAAUCACCCGAGACAAGGGUUUAUCUGGAUAUGUUAGAAAAUCAACUCCCCCACCGUUCUUAAUGAAAACUUAUAUGCUCGUGGAGGAUCCGGCCACUGACAAUGUGAUAUCGUGGAACGGGGACGGGACGGGGUUCGUGGUGUGGCAGCCGGCGGAGUUUGCACGUGACCUCCUCCCUACUCUCUUCAAGCACAGCAACUUUUCCAGCUUUGUCCGGCAGCUCAAUACCUAUGGAUUUCGGAAAGUUGCAACUGGCAGGUGGGAGUUCUGCAACGGAAUGUUUCGGAAGGGAGAAAAAGAGCUGCUGUGCAACAUUCGCAGGAGGAGAGCAUGGGCCAACAAGCAACAGAAACCAGUUGCAGGAACAGUACAAGUCACUGCUCAGGAAUCCGAUGAAGAACAAAGAUCUUCGUCAACCUCGUCGUCUUCAGAAUACAACAGCCUCAUGGACGAGAACAAGCGUCUGAAGCAGGAAAAUGGAUUUCUCAGCUCGGAGCUGACAAGGAUGAAAAGGAAAUUUGAAGAGCUGAAGGAGGUGGUAGGGAGGUAUUUGCAAUAUAAAAGGGAAGAGGAAGAUGAGAGGCCGAAGCUGUUUGGAGUUAGGUUGGAAGUUGAAGGAGAGAAGGACAGGGAGAGGAAGAGGAAGAUAGGUGAGAUCAGUGAAAGUGGAAGCUUUUUACUGUCUCAGUGUUGCAAAUAAAAGCAAAAAUACCAUUAAUGUUAAAAUAAUGAUGAUGUUGAUGAAUACGUAGAUUACAAAACAAGUAUUGUGUAGUCGGAAACUACUAGAUAGGAGACGAGCCCCUCAAUAUAGGAGGCUGUCUUCCUAUUAAAUGAUUCUUAUUUUACAGUUUGGAUUGCAAAAUAGAUAACUCCAUAAAUUAAAAUGAAACGUUUAAG